AUGAUUUAUGGUCAUAUACAUCAAUUUCUUUUGAGAUCGAUUGCAAGCCGGGGUGUUAUUUCUAUGACAGAAACAGAGAAAAUUUUGAAUAAAUUUGAAGGUAUUACAUAUUGUUUUAAUUAUCACUUAAAUAAACUAAGGAAAAUAUUCACUAUACCAGUUAUUUUGUCGUUUUUAUGUCAUCAUCUGAUUCUUUUUAUAGAAAACGUCCAAGCUUCUGUUCAAGAAUUAAUUAAAGACAUAAAUGAAAAAAUAAAACCAUUCGAACAAAUGAUUAAGAUAGCUACUGAUGAGUUCACAAGGGAGGAAGUUAUUAUAUUCUUGUCCCUUGGCUAUGAUGAUGCUACUAAAUCUCAGAAUGUAUUUUCUGCAACUGAACUUGAGUACUUUAGAAUUCUGAUAGAACAAAUAAUGACUACAGCAACAAGGCAAAUUACUGGAAUACAUGCAGUCAAUUUAGUUAGCAAGAUGAAAAGCUCUUUCACUAAAACAGAUGCACAGAAAUUACUCAAUAUUUGGUGUCGCAUGCGCUAUCUGGAUAAGGAUGACUCAAACUAUGCUUUAGGAGUGCGAGCAAUCCAUGAAUUUGAGGGCUACCUCCGUCAAAAUAUGCCGGACACCAUUGAAGAAUGUUGUCUUUGUAAGCAGAUUGUAUUUAGGGGCUAUAACUGUCCAGCUUGUGGAUUGGCUGUUCAUACGCAAUGUCUGAAUCGGUACUUAGAAAAAGUACAGAAAUGGCCAUGCUGCAAGGUUGACUUUAACCAAUCACAGUUAGAUCAGUUGAAUUGUGAAGGGCUAACACAGACUCAACAUUUGGAAGAGACUCAACAGUCUGAAGUGUACAAUACUGUAGUUGAACCGAUAUGUGAUAUAUCAUUGGAUGAGGAUCAGGGGACACAAGAAAUAAUUCCUGAAAUCUCCCAAAGAAUUACCAAGAAGAGAAAACGGCAGAACGAUUGA